UGGGAGAUAUGUUUUAGCCAAUUUCUCAUUAGUAGCUAUGGAGAAAAAAUGAAAAUGGAAAAUCUCAGGGUCCUUAAAGGGAUAAUUAGGAAUUUUGACACAAGUGAAUCUUUUGAUAGAUGGGGGGCGCCCUCCACCGCCUGGUGCCGUGUUCGCACUAUGAACUUGCUGACCGCUGUUAUUACACUUCACAGGGUCGAUGGCGGUGGCUGAAACGUGCGAGAGAUCUGUGUCACACUCACAAAUGCCUGGUGAUCGCAACGGCGAUCAGUCUCAUCGUUGGCGUGGUCCUUGGAGUUAUCUUCUCUUGUGUUAUCGGCCCCUGCCCUCCUGAAUCUCCCUCCUGCCCCAAUAAGUGGAUGAGGUCUGAAGGGAAAUGCUACUUUAUAUCCCGGGAAACCAACGACUGGAACUCCAGCCUGGAAUUCUGCCGAUCAGAAGGAGGAACGCUGCUGACCACAGAUGAUGAGACCCAGAAAGAUAUAAAGACUCUCUAUGACCUGACCGGGGACUACUGGGUCGGCCUGAAAAAGGAAGGAGGAGAGUGGAAGCAGAUGGAUGGUUCAGUGUGGACGGGACCCAUAGAGUAUGAUGAUCCCCGGAGAAGCUGCUGCUUGUUGAAUUCUGGGAAUUAUUUGGCCAUAGACUGUACAGCUUCUAGAUACUGGAUCUGUGUGAAGUCGGUGGGAUCAGUAACGCAGGGAGCACAGACCGUGACCAAUCUGUACAGAGACCGGCUGGGAUCACUGCAAUGACUUGCCAUGAUGGCCGCAGGGUCGCCUCUCUGUAUGCUUACCGGCCGGGAUGGCCGCAGGGUCGCCUCUCUGUAUGCUGACCGGCCGGGAUGGCCGCAGGGUCACCUCUCUGUAUGCUUA